CUUUGUUUCAUUUCUGAAAGACGCUAACUCUGAAGCUCCACAAGCAGCGGGGUUUGAAGCUCGCCGGAGACCAAGCAAGCCCCUCCGCUCCCGCUAAAAUUCCAACGUGGACUUCAGUCCUUGUAAGAAACCCUAAUAAACACUUGCAACUGAUUUCAUCAAAAUUACUUGCAAAUCAGUCCUAUUUCUUCACCAAAAUUCAGUAAUGGCUCCCGGUAUCCGAGGGCGGAAGCUAUCAUUCGAAAUUCUCAGCACCAAUACCUCCGGUCUCGAUGAAGAAACCAUUUUCCACAGAUCCAAUUCCGAUCCUUCCAUUCAGGUAAAUGUCGACUCACUGGCGUCUGAAUCCAAGCCCACUCAACGAAAACGCAAGAACAAAUAUUCGAGGAACAAGAAGAAGAAGAAUUUCUUUGAUUCUGCGAUUUCAGAGGAUUCAAUAGACCAAACUAGCUUAGAUUUGAGUCACUCUGUUCAACAGAAACUCGCUGCCUUGGAGAACGGCAACUGUACAGGACUGGAAGAGAGUUGGAGAAAUUGCAGGGUCUCCACAGUUGUCUGCGAUCAAAUUUGUAUACCAGAGGAGAACGGUUCUUCUUCAUCACUGCAUUCACUUGGAGAAGUAUCAGGGCAUCAGAAUUUGCAAAAUUCUGAUGGCUACAUGGUUGCGGAGCUGAGGCAGAGGAAUGUGUCUGCAAUUUGGAACGGCGAGGUUUUAGGAACACAGGAUGAUGAUCAGAAUGUGCCUCUGUCACAAGAGAGCGGCACUGGUGCUGAGGAAGACCAAGACAAUCUUUUAUCAAGUAAACUUCAAUCUGAACACAAUGGUCCAACUAGGAAGUUAGAUACUUCAGAAUCACUUGAUUGGAAGAAACUGCUGGAACAAGAUGCAAACUAUUCACCAUUAGUGGAGAAAUCACCACUGAAGUACUUCAUGGAAGAAAUGUCUGGUGGAAAUUCAUUAAGGAGCACAACAACUUCUGGCAAUGAUAAAGAACGAGAAAGAGUAUAUGAUACAAUGUUUCGGUUGCCAUGGCGAUGUGAACUGCUUAUAGAUUUUGGCUUCCUUGUCUGCUUGGAUUCUUUUUUGUCUUUGUUGACAAUCAUGCCUAUAAGGAUGCUUGUGAGCUUCUGGAGAUUUUUUAAAUUAAGGAAGUUCGAGAGGCCUUCUGUGGCAGAGCUAUCAGAUUUUGGUUGUUUUAUUGCACUUGUUUGUGGAGUUGGUCUUUUACAGCAGACAGAUAUCAGCCUGAUAUAUCACAUGAUCCGUGGUCAAGGAACAGUCAAACUUUAUGUUGUUUACAAUAUUUUAGAGAUUUUUGAUAAAUUAUGUCAAAGUUUUGGGGGAGAGGUUCUGCAAACAUUGUUUAAUUCUGCGGAAGGACUGGCAAACUGCCCUUCAGAAAACAUGGGCUACUGGACAUGGAGAUUCAUCCUCGAUGAGACACUAACUUUGCUCUCUUCUAUUGUUCAUUCUUUUAUUUUAUUAGCUCAGGCCAUUACAUUGUCAACCUGUAUUGUAGCUCACAAUAAUGCCUUGCUAGCUUUGCUGGUGUCCAACAAUUUUGCUGAGAUAAAAAGUAAUGUGUUUAAACGUUUUAGCAAGGAUAAUAUUCAGAGCAUGGUCUAUUAUGAUUCAGUGGAGAGGUUCCACAUUUUGGCAUUUUUGUUAUUUGUGUUGGCUCAGAAUAUCCUGGAAGCUGAGGGCCCCUGGUUUGAAACUUUCGUUUCUAAUGCUCUAACGGUUUAUUUCUGUGAGGUGAUUAUUGAUAUAAUAAAACAUUCUUUUAUUGCUAAAUUCAAUGAUAUCAAGCCCAUUACAUAUUCGGAGUUUCUUGAAGAUCUAUGUAAACAGACUCUAAACAUUCCAGCGGAAAAUGAGAAGAGAAGUCUCACCUUUAUACCACUGGCACCCGCUUGCGUGGUGAUCAGAGUGGUAAGUCCUGUAUAUGCUGCUCACCUUCCUUAUGGUCCGUUUGCAUGGAGGGUAUUUUGGAUGUUGAUUUUAUCUGGCAUGACUUUUGUGAUGCUUGUGACACUUAAAAUAAUGAUUGGCAUGGGCCUUGAGAGACAUGCCAGAUGGUACAUAAAGAGGUGCCAGAAGAGAAAACUUCACUCAGACUGACUGACGACUAAGCGCUGCCCCGCCCCCAAAUCACAUUUUUAAUUUUAUCUGCACAAGAUCGGUUGGCUUGAACUGGAGAAGCUAAAGUCGGUUGUGCUCAUGAAAAUGUCACACCCAAAGUAAAUAGGAAAAACCUUGAUUCAUUACUUACUUGGUGAAAACUCAUUUUUGACUCUUCCCAUAUAUAUUUUUUUCGAUUAUCAGAACAACCAACAAUCAUGUGUCCUGUGUCAUUUCUCUUAUUAGUGUACCUUCUUUUUCAUACUAGUACAA